ACAAAAAUACCGGUACAUGUGCUUGCGCAUGCGCAUACCCGAAGAAAACAAAGUUUGAGGUUUCUUUGGAAACGAAAAUCUUGUGUUUACUACUAGAAAAUACACACAAUUCUACAGUUUGGCUCCUGAAGAAUUCAACCCAUUGUGAGUGCAUGCCCUACAUCAGCACCUACUACACGUUGAGCUCAAAAUGGCGUCGGCUUCUACCGCAACUAGCAACAUGCUUUCAUUGCUUAGAGAGUGGGAUAAAGGGUCCAAGUCAGUCCGAGCCCAAAUUCUCCUGGAGUUUGUACUCAACAACCAGAACAAGACCGGGCCAGAGAUUGAAGCCCGCUUUGCUCAAGGUGCUAGUCUUUUCUUGGCAAGGCUGACAGCCUGGCUCCGUCUCACAUACAUGGUGGGCACAUGUUUAAAUCUACAGCUUCAGGCUAUGACCAUCUUCCUGUCAGCCUCUAGUGGGCACAAGUUCCUGGCUGAAUUCUUAGAGGUAGGUGGAGUGAUGACAAUCCUUGAGAUACUUGGUCUCAAGCAAGCUAAGGAAGAGGACAAGACACAAGCACUUCUCCUCCUCCAGUGUGUUGCCAACUCAGGCAGGAAGUACAAGGAACUCAUUUGUGAGAGCUAUGGCAUCAGAGCUGUGGCUGAAUGCCUGGCUAGGUCCAAGUCAGAAGAGACCCAAGAAUGUGCCAGGAGUCUGCUUCAGAACCUUGCCCAAGGAAACCCCAAGUUCCAGUCCCAGGUCUACAAGGGUCUGAUCGCUCUCUUGCCAUGCAGCUCACCCAAGGCACAGCAGAUGGCUGCGCAGACUCUCAGGAUAGUACAGAAAAUAGUUGGGCAUGCCAAUCCCAAUAUAGUGGAACCUGCAGUAGCACUCCUGAGAUCCUAUCAUCUAGAAGUACAGUUUGAAGGUACUGAGUUGAUCAAAGACUUGAUGAACUAUGAGAUCCAGGACCAGUUACUAACUAACCUGGUAGCAGCAUUGGUUCCAUCCAGGGAAGAGAUUCUCAGAAGACCAGAAAUCCUUGAUGACCCAAGUGCUCCAGACCUAAAGCGCCCUCUGGCAGUGUUUGUACAGCAGGCAUCAGCAGCUAAAGUAAUAGGCAUCCUUUCCAGGGAGUCGCAUCAGAACUGUGAGAAACUAAUCCAACUCCGAGUGGUGCACAACCUUCUCAUAGCCAUGGGCAAUGAAGACCAUGCAGACAGCCAGAGACAGGCUAGCAUCACAUUAGAGUACCUGGUUAGCACAUUUCCUAUUGUGGAUGAGAACUGUAGAGAAGCAAUGGGAGACACCUUAUAUCAGAUGUUCAUGUCCAACCCAGAGAGUCUAUACAUGGUAAUGAGCCCAGUCCAAGCUGAUGUACUUCGCUCAAACAAGGUCAACAUACCAGGAAUUGUGGAUGGCAUGGAUUAAGAGUAGACCAACAAGUGCCUCGCAAUGGAAGACCAAGCCAAACCAAACCGAGGUUAAAAGCCAGGAAAGUAAACCCACCUUCAUCUUGCAUGUUUUAUCAUCUUCACCAUAUGUUUGGAUCAGACAUCACAUUGCAUGAUGGAUUCUAUUUUUGGAGUUUUGCCCCACCCCCCUCCUCUAUAAACACUGUAAUUUUCUUUUUACAGAUCAAUUUAGAAUUAAACUUAAAUGUAAUAUCAAGUUUGAGCACUUAACUCUUAAUGUAAAUUGUGUGUUUUCACAAAGAAUUACAAUAUUUGUGAGGAAGGAAUUUGAAUGAAUUUAAAUAAAAAUUGUGUUAAUUAUUACAAUAUUUGUGUAUGCUGAUUAAUUUUCAAUAUUGAAGUGCUGUAUGAUUAUAUAUUAUUAGCUUUGGUGAAGAAGACUAAUGCACUGCAAUACCUAUUGUCUUUUAAUUCACCCCUAAAAAAAUAGUAAUAUAUUUGAGUAUAUUUUACUAUAUUUCAGUCACCAUUUACCAGAAUUUUAACUUCAUUAAUAAAUUCAUAUAAAAUUGUUACCCAUUUAUCAUUGAUAUACUCUAACACAUUUGAAAUAUAAUACAAUCUGAAUUUUCUGUGACUUUUUUAGUUGAUUUGUUGUUUCUUGUUUUUACACAUUGACUAAACAUUCUAAUUGCAUGAGUGUUAUGAAACCGAAAGCAAUGUUCAAUGCAUUAAUGAGGCUGUAUCUAGUCAUUGAUAAAAACAGUUGCAUACAGCUUGAUUUAUUUUUCAGUUAUAAAUAUGGGCUUUAAAUAUUUUAACAGUUUGACUGGAUCAUUUCCAAAGCUUUUGGUAUUCAUCAUGAAUUUGAACUUCAAUUUUACUUCAGUUUAUGAGUACAAAGCCAAAGAUAUCUAUGUAAAAGAUUUUAAAAUAAUUGUAUGAAUACAAAAUGUAUAAUAUAGUUGUCUGACAUAUUUUUGGCAGUUUUACAGUGUAAAAUGGUGGGAAAAUUUGUUGUUUGAUAAUAUUUCAACACUCCAACAGAUGAACUAUAUGGUUUAUUUAAAAUUAAAGUUAUGUAAAAUACAUUAAUUGUCAAAUAACAUACAUCGUUUUCAAUUUUCUUUGUAUUUCAUUGUUUUUUUUCUUACGUUUUCUAUUGUUUUUUAUAAUUUAAGUUUUCUUUUGUUGGAUGAACCCAAGAUAGGUCUCAUUUAGUAGAAGUGUAAACCUUCUUAAUAAUGACAAAGAUCAACUGAUUUUGAAAGAUCAACUGAUUCUUCAACACUAGCAAAUACAGAAAAUUCACAUUUUGAUUGACGUGUCACGUGUGAUCAAUAAUUGUGAUUUGACACCCCUACCGUAAGUCCCAAUGGCACAAAUUUGGUAUCAAAAUGUGCGGGAGACUUGAAAGAAAAAAGUCAUGAAACAUGAAUCCAGAAAUUCAAGCGGUUAAGACGCAGCUCAAAAAAUUCUGGAGGGAGAUAAUGCCCCCCCCCAGCUUCAUUAUGGUUUAAGAUAAUUCUUUCAUAAGCGAAGGAGUUAUAUUUUGUAUUUUUUCAAUAAAACAUUCAACUGAAUGUUAUCUACCCGGAGUAGCAUUUGAUUUUUGUAUUAUAAAUCCGAAAUUAUUCUCUAUGAUUAUGUAAAUAGGUAUAUAUAGAUAAAGGUUUGUGAAUAAGUAUAUUGUAUAUUUGUAUUAUGUUCAUAUUGUAUAUUAAAAGAAUGUUAAUAUUUCUGUAUUAAAUAUUUAAAGAGAAAGCAUGAA